CCAAAUCAAUUACGCCAACUCUCGAAUAUUCCACCAAACCUUCGAUCCCACUCUUCCUCAAAUCCGAUGGCACCCAAAGCAGAGAAGAAGCCGGCCGAGAAGGCCCCGGCAGAGAAAGCCCCGGCGGAGAAGAAGCCCAAGGCCGGUAAGAAGCUUCCCAAGGAGGCCGGAGCGGCAGCCGGAGACAAGAAGAAGAAGAGGAACAAGAAGAGCGUGGAGACCUACAAGAUCUACAUCUUCAAGGUCCUCAAGCAGGUCCACCCAGACAUUGGGAUCUCCAGCAAGGCCAUGGGCAUCAUGAACAGCUUCAUCAACGACAUCUUCGAGAAGCUUGCUCAGGAGUCCUCUAGGCUUGCGAGGUACAACAAGAAGCCGACGAUCACUUCUCGGGAGAUCCAGACUGCUGUCAGGCUUGUGCUUCCUGGUGAAUUGGCCAAGCACGCUGUCUCUGAGGGGACUAAGGCGGUGACCAAGUUUACUAGCUCUUGAAGGAUAUGCGUUGUGAAUUUAAGCUCUAUUUGUUUAUGAUUAGGGUUUAUAAAAUUAGUAAUGAAGUUUUAAUUUCGUUUUGUCUAUGGAGGGAUCCCUAAGAAAUGAAGUACUGUGGUUAAGAACAAUAAUAGCCUCUAACUAUGGGUUUGAUUUAGUUUGUUUCUGAACUAAUCUGUUUCAAUUCAAGUCAGCCUUGCGAUGA